AGUGAGUUCUUCCAGGGAUUGUGAGGGGUCCUUCGACUAACUCCGAGGAAGUGUCUACUUCCGGCUGAGAAGCUCCCCUCCGUUGGGUCUUGUCCUGAGUUGUGGCAGAAAAAUAACCACACAAAAAAAGGCGCUAUAAUCCCACCGCCACUAAAACCCACAGCCGAGAAGUAGAUUUGAUGUGACGCGUUCAUGCUAAACGACCGAGCGAUGUCCGUGGUUUUUGACGGGAGUCCGCUGAAAGCGAUGCAGAGCGCGCACAGUCUCACCCCGCAGACUGCCCCGAGCACCCAGGAACUGUCCCAGGAGAUCAAGUCCUUCAUCAGCGGUGUGGAUGCCGUUCAGGGCCGGAAGCUCAGCGUCAGAGAGCACGCCCGCUGCGCCGUGCGGCUCCUGCGCUCCGUCCCGGCCUGUCGGGGGGCGGUCCUGGAGCAUCUGAGGGGGGUGUACGAUGAGCACGUGUCCGCCUUUCUGCACAACCUGGAGACGGAGGGUAACGCCGGCUCCGGGGUCAGCUCCAACCUGGAGGACAUCAUACAGGAGGUGCACGGCGUGCUCUCAGAGUUCAUCCGUCUCAACCCUCGAGCCUGGGCCCCCCUGGUGUCCUCCUGGGCCGUGGACCUGCUGGGCCAGCUGAGCAGCAAGCACGCCGGGCGCCGAGUGGCCCCCCACUCCUCCAGCCUCAACGAGCUGCUCCAGCUGUGGAUGUCAUGCGCCGCCACCCGCUCCCUCAUGGAGGCCUACUCCCAGUGCCUGGCGGCCAUGCUGGCCUGGUGCCCCGACGCCUGCGUGGACGCCCUGCUGGACACUUCGGUCCAGCACUCGCCUCAUUUCGACUGGGUGGUGGCUCACAUCGGCUCGGCCUUCCCCGGGACCAUCAUCAGCAGAGUGCUGGCCUGUGGGCUGAAGGACUUCUGCUCUCACGGUGCUAAAGACCAGGGGAUGCUGGUGAUGGGCGUGGAUAAGGGCAGCCGGGUGCCAAAGAUCGGUUCGGUGGUGGGGAUCCUGGGACAUCUCGCAGCUCACCACUCCGACAGCAUCCGGAAGGAGCUGCUCAGGAUGUUCCAGGAGAGUCUGACUCCGUCGAGUCCUCUCUCUCCCACUUCGUCCUCCAUUUCUUGGGAGAGUUCCCCUCAACUUCGGCGUGCCGCCGUUCCCUUCCUGCUGCAGCUGGCCGCCAUGUCCCCAGACCUCUUUGGGGCGGUGUCUGCGGAGCUGGUGGAGCUGUUGCGCCCCCCGGUGCUGCUCCAGCUGCAGGCUCUGCUACAGAGCCUCCCCAGAGAAGAGCUGGACAACAUGCUGGGGCUGGCCGUCCACCUCAUCAGCCAGAGCCCUUCGGGGGGCGCCCGGGUCCUCAGGUUUCUGGCGGACACAGCGACGCCGGCCUCGGUCAUCAUCUCUGGCCCCACGCCGUCGCCUCACGAGGGGGUCAGGGAAGGCUGCGACCGCCUCCUCCAGAUGCUGCUCCUCCACCUCCACAAGUUGGUCUUCAACCGCUCGGACGGGUCUGAGGUCGGCCCCCACAGCUCGGCCGCUUACCAGCCUCCCAGGGCCAUCCCCUUCCUGGAGGAGCUGCGCUCCCACGUGGGCCAGCUGUGCGCCGAGACCCUGCGCCUGGAGCGGAAGCGCCACCUCUGGCUGCACCAGCUGCUGUGCCUGCUGUCGGUGUACGGGGGUCCCAGCGUGGCCACCGAGACCCUCUGCCAGCUUCUCACCCAGGCCCGCAACCCCGAGGAGCUGGCGCUGGCCUGGCAGCUGCACACCACGCUCUCCUCCUGCAUGGCGGGGCUGGUUCCGGCCGCCGUGGCGCGCUGCGUGGCCCAGAUCCACACGCACACGCUGGGGCCGCGGCAGCUGAGGCAGCUGCUGCUCAACCUGGCGGCGGCCAUCCAGAGCCAGGACGAAGAGAGGAGGGGGGCCGCCGGGGCCCAGUCCUCCAUGGCCGUCCAGGUGGGCCUGGCCGUCUCGGGACACCUGCACGACUUCUGCCCUCUGCUGCUCCACGGCGACCCGGCCGUGUCCCACGCCGCCGCCCGCCUCCUGUCCAGCAGCCCGCUCCCCCGCGCCUCCUCCCCGGCCCACCUGCUCCUGCUCUCCCGCGCUGCCGUCACCCACUUCUUCCUGUCCCUGCGGCGGCGGGCGGAGGGCGGGGCGGUGGGCCGGGACGGGGGCCAGGCGGGCGAGGCGGUGAGCUGCUCGGUGCUGCUGCUGUGCCGCUUCGCCGCGUACUCGCCGCUCACGCUGAAGGCGGUGCUGCAGCAGCUGGUGGAGGGCGCGCUGCACCGGGGGAACGCCGACCUGUUCGGGGGCCAGAUCGCCGACAUGUCGGGCGCCCCCGUGCUUUCCCCCUCCGUGUCGCCCGACCUGGGGGCCUCUCUGCUGGACAUAAACUGCCGCUUCGGCACCACCGUCAACUUCUCCGGCAGCGUGUGGUCGGUGUUUCACGCGGGCGUGAUCGGCAAGGGGCUGAAGGCCCGCUCUGCCGCGCAGCUGCCCGACCCCUCAGGGGUGGUCCAGAACACCCAGACCUUGCUGGCUGUGAUCGUCCAGUGCUGCAGCUGCUCGGGCAUCAACGGCUCGCGGUCCCCGUCCGACCCCGACGAGCCGCUGCCCAUCAACGCCGAGGCCGCCAAGGUGGUGGCCGUCACGCUGGUGGAGAGCGUCUGCUCCGACGUGGCCAACGGGGAGCUGUCCUGGCCCCCCGAGGAGCACGCCCGCACCACCGUGGAGCGGGACAUCCACAUCCGGCGCUGCUUCGAGGCCCACCCGGUGCUCUUCCCCCUGCUGCAGGUGGUGGCGGCCGGACGGCCGGCGCUCUGCUACUGCUCGGCCGUGCUCCGGGGCCUCCUGGCCACCCUGCUGGCCCACUGGGAGGCGUCGCGCGAGGCGUGCUCCACGGACUCCCCGUGGCACCUGCAGGCCUCCUGCCUCCUGGUGUCCUGCAUGGGGGAGGGCCAGCUCCUGCCCCCGGUGCUGGCCAACGUCCACGAAGCCUUCGCGCACCUGACUCCCUUCGAGGUGAGGCUCCUGCUGCUGGCCGUGUGGGAGUACGUGCGGGCGAACGGGCCCCUGCCGCAGAAGUUUGCCUUCAGUUCGGAGAAGGGCGUGUUCUGCCGGGACUUCUCCCGGGACGGAGACGUGGCCAGAUACGUGGCGCCCAUUCACAGCGUCCUCCACAAAAACAUCGACAGACUGGGGCACCUCUGCUGGCGGUUCCAGCUCUGAGCACGUCGAUGGGAAAUAACACGGCCACAGUUGCGUUUCAUGAAAUUAGAGCUGCAUCUGCUUUUGUUUGAACUUUUGUACUGUAUUUUCAGACUAGACACAUUUCCAACUAGUGACAAAGUGAAGAGAAAUGGCACAUCGGUAUAUUAUGUUAAUAUAUUUGCUCUCCAAGUAGAGACGUAAAAGUGUCAUUUUGGUUUAAAAGUGCAACUAAAAUCCUGUGUAGAUUAUUUUCUAUGUUUUUCGGGUUGUUUGUGUUGUAAAACUGCACUUAAAAACACGCCUUUCAUCUCUGGUGUUAAUGAAAUUGUUAAAACAACUAUACAAAAUAAAUUCCCUUUUUUGUCAGAA